CAGUUAAGAGAAUGAUUAUGACUGUAGAUCCUAGCAUUCCCAGGUGUCCGUCGUGUCAUAUGUUUUUUGACAAAGGAAGGAAACGACGUCUCAUUGACACUUGUGGCCAUGAACGUUGCUACUCUUGUAUCUUCAACUCUGACCGAUGUCCAACAUGUAGUCUGGAAGGAUAUUUGGGCUCAAACAUUGAAUCACACCCUUACGAAGAAAUGGUUAGCCAACCACCAGCGUCUGCUCGACCAAGACUAAAGACUAAUGGUCACUUUACAACUUUUAUGCAAACCAGAGGAGACACAGGAAAAUCGAACUUGGCUGGUAAAGAUAAAACUAUACCUGAAAGUGUCCAUCCAUGUCACGGUAUUUCCAUGACCUAUGUACGUAACUUCGAGGGCCCUCGUAUUCCAUGGCACAAGCAACAUAAUGGACAGACGUUUAAUGUUAAUGCUGAUGUUCAUAGACCAUUAUCAGGUGACGAAAAUCCUGCAUAUGCAGUGAAAGAAAGUGAGAACACGGCCAAGAAAGACUUGUUCAUACGUUUUGGCUUGCUUCCUGGUGACAGUCCUCAUGCUAGCCGAAAGGUUCCACCUCCAGAAUCAACUAACCACAGUAGCCACGAAUCAUAUGCAAGCGUUUCGUCACUGGCCAGUAGUGAAGCCAACAUCGCGUGUUCCACUGACACCAGUCCAGCUUCAACGCUUACAGGAUCUUCUGAGGCGGAAGGUCUAAAUAGCCUAACUGGUUACAGAACACGUGGUCGUGAUCCAAGUUAUGAUAGUUUCGGGUCUCUCAUGAGCACAAGCAAUAGCACUUCUCCUAUUACACUGGGUCCGAACUCUAGCCAACAGUUUUGUAAAAAAGCAAGAGACUGUGGUAUUUUUGCAAGAAAGAAUUCACCAGUGCGACGAUUUGACACCAUUAACAACAGUUUAACUGGCGAGGACACCCAAGGCCUCAACCAUGGCUACAAAGGCACUAUAAUCAACUUACAACCUCUCUUCUUUGAAGUGCCACAAAGUGAUCCUGACCCUAUAUUUAUUGGAAGACAUUGGUUACUAAAAGAAAUUGAACAAAUGCUAAAUUUGGAAAGUGGUGGAAUUGUAAUAUCUGGUGGACCUGGGAGUGGGAAAACAGCUAUAGCGUUACAGCUUGUUGAUCACAGUAUAUUCGGUCCUAAGAAAGAUGAACAUAUAUAUCAUGAUAUAAUCUUCAGUGACAGUAAUGACUACAUGUCAGUCAGCAGUGGAGGGGGUUCCUACCUCUACCAGUCUCGACUCAACCUAACUCAGGAGAUUGCUCACGUUCUCGGGGGGCAUGUGGUGGCGUACCACUUCUGCCAAGUUGACAACAAUGUCACUUGCUUAGUUCCCGAUUUCGUACAUAGCAUAGCUGCUCAACUAUGCCAAGCGCCUCAACUAGUAGCCUAUCGAGAACUUUUAAUUCAAGAACCGAGGUACCAGCAAAUGUUAAGCGUGGCCUCCUGUGUUACCAAUGCUACCUCAGCCUUUGUACAUGGCAUACUAGAGCCGUUGAAUACUUUGAGGAAAUUUGGAAAGAUUCCUAACACGACCUGUCUUCUAGUAAUUGAUGGGCUAAAUGAAGCCGAGUUCCAUAAACCAGACUUUGGUGACACGAUUGCGUCUUUCCUGGCUAAACAUAUAAACUAUUUUCCGUCAUGGUUGAAGGUAAUUGUCACUGUACGCACAGCUUUCCAGGAAGUUACGAAACUUCUGCCUUUUCAACGUAUCUCAUUAGACAAGCUCGGAGGCAACGAUAAUCUCAAACGUGAUGUAUACGACUAUGUUUUGUAUAGGUUAGGAUCCAGCUCUUCUAUCCGAGAAAACAUUACUAUAAAUAAAGGACAAGGAGAGGCUGCAUCUCAUACACGGUUUGCGAAUCACCUGAUGUCUCUUAGCAAGGGUUGUAUGUUGUAUCUCAAACUGACAUUAGAUCUUAUUGAGAACGGCCAUCUGGUGGUCAAAAGCAGUAGCUAUAAUGUGGUGCCAGUCAGUUUGAGUGAAGUGUACCUAUUGUCAUUUAAUCUGAAAUUUACAACUAUCAAGGCGUAUGAAAGGGUAAGACCCCUGCUACAAGUUGUUCUGGCAUCCCUUUGUCCUCUCAGCCCGUUUCAAUUAUUCAAUAUUGUGAAUGCUGGAUUUAUUGACCAAGCUUAUACAUGGGACGAUUUCUGUCAACGACUGGACAUACUAAUAACUAAUAACUUUCUGGUCAGACGUCAAGACCAAUGUCUGAUGUUUUCACAUCCAGCUUUAAGAGAGUGGCUGCAGAAAAGAGGGGAAAGUGAAAGCCCAAAGUUUCUAUGCGAUAUUAAAAAUGGUCAUGCUAUGAUAAGUUUUCGGCUUUGCCGGUUUGAAGCACCAGUAACCUCUGAACUCUGCCUUGAGCUAGGCCAUCAUAUGCUCAUGGCGCAUGUCUAUAAGUCAAUUGAUAAGGAAUAUCUAGAACAAGUGAUAGCUCCACGUGAUCUUCAGGCCUAUUGGAUACAACAAAGUACUGAAGAUGUUACAGCUGCUCUGACAUCAUUACGCAAUGUUUACAGUCCAAAUGUCAAGGUUAGUCGAUUAUUGCUCUUGGCUGGAGCAAGUCCACAUGGCAAAACGGACCAAAUGGGAAAUGGCCCACUUCUUGUGGUUGCCGCAUAUGAAGGGAUAGUGGAAAUGGUAGCAAUGCUACUGGAGUUUGGAGCCAAUCCUUCAGUCGUUAAUGACUUUGGACAAAGUUCACUUUGUUUAGCCAGUCAGAGGGGUCAUCUUGAAAUCAUUCGACUAUUACUUACCAGAGGUGCUAAACUGAAUCAAACUGACAAAGAUGGUAAGUGUUCACUGGUUUAUGCAGCUUCUCACGGGCAUCUAAGAGUGGUCUGUUACCUGGUUCAGUGUCAAUGGCCAGUGGACAAUGAAGGUGGCCCUGGACUAGUACAAGCAGCUCAGCAAUCUCUUGUUGCAGCAGCUUACUAUGGUCAUACAGUGGUUUGUGAAUAUCUCUUAGACUUGCCAGAAGUAAAAAUCAACAUGCCAGAUGAUGGCAUGGGUUACACAGCAUUAACAGCUGCAUGUGUAGGCGGACAUAAGGAAGUGUGCAACCUACUAUUCAGACGAGGUGCAAUUGUUUCAAUUUCCAACCGACAGGGAGAGCCACCGCUAGCAUGUGCCGUUGUUGAAGGCCACUGGGAAAUAGCCGAACUCCUAUUAAGCCACAAAGCGGACCUAGAACAAGCUGAUAGUAAUGGCAGGACUGCUCUCAUGUUGGCUGCAAGAGAAGGUCAUCUAGGCCUUCUAGAACUCUUAUUAGCUAAAGGUGCUCAACCCGAGAACAAAGAUAAAGAUAAUUUAACGGCCCUAUCAUGGGCAUGUUACAAAGGACAGUUACAGGCAACCCAGUGUCUUCUGAACUAUGGAGCUGAUAUCAACCAUGCUGACACAAAUGGACGAACCCCUUUAGAUCUGGCUGCUUCAAAUGGCAACCCAAAUAUUAUUAAGUUACUAAUGGACCAGGGUGCAGUUGUAGAACAUGUAGACUUGACUGGUAUGAGACCUUUAGACAGAGCCAUUGGUUGUCAAAACUUGGCUGCAGUUCACUGUUUUCUUCAGAGAGGAGCGAAAAUUGGUCCUCAGACGUGGGCUAUGACUGAAGGCAAGCCAAACAUGCUGUUAGUGUUGCUAAAGAAACUUCUUGAAGAUGGCACAACUCUUUAUAAGAAAGGUCGCUUGAAGGAAGCUGCCCAUCGCUAUCAGUAUGCCUUGAAAAAAUGUCCCGAUGAAAACACCAUGAAAGAUUAUAUACAGACUUUCCUGCAAAUCAAAUUCCAUUUGUAUAUGCUCCUCUCCAAGUGUAAACGAAAAAUGAAUGAGUUUGAUGCAGCCAUAGAAGCAGCAGACAAAGCUAUUAUUUUGAAACCCAAGUCAACAGAUGUUUAUUACAUAAGAGCACGUGCCAAGCAUGAGUCAGGACAACGUGAGUCAGCCCUUCAAGAUAUUACUGAGGCCCUUAGUCUUGUAUCUGUCAAUCAAGAAGCCAGGAAAAUUUUACUCAAAUUAAAAGAGGAAAUCAAUAGUGGCCACAAGAGAACGAUACAGUCAAUCUCUCAAGAAAGUGAGAUGAUGAAUAAUACAACUGGAGAAGUAUCAGAGGAUGCUGAAGGCAACCUGGGUAGGAUGAAACCUUCCAGUUUUUCUACGGACACUGUUGACCAACUCUACGGUUUAAUAACGGAAUCAAGAAGUGAUCCUCAAUAGGAACUCAAAGCUUUGGUAGAUCAGAAGUGACAAGAUGUUAAAAAUUAAGGACUCGUUUUUAUCACCACAAGUAAUGAUGAGCCUAAAGUCAAACAGUGUACCUUUAAACGUAUCAUUUUAUCUAUAUAUAUAUGUGUGUGUGUGUGUAUAAAGCUCGUUGUCAACUUGUAUAAUUGCAAAAUCUGAGGUAUAAGCGAUUCGUCUUCUUCUUUGUCAAAUUGAAUGACUAGUCUAAUGUAAUACCGCAAAAAAAACAACAACAAAAAAAGUUUUAAUUGCUGGACUUGUUACAUAAGGUAACAAUGUUUGACGCCGGGAGAUAACGUGUAAGGCUGUAAGAUGUAUCUUACAAUAGUCGAACGAACCAUGUGGUACAUUGCCAUCGCACUGUGGCAAAGUGUGAUAUAUAUAAAGCUACUGUGUAAAGUUGUGUGUCUUGUAUUGGUGAAAUUGACCACAUACUGCAGUGUCAUCACACAGUGACAAUGUCUGAUAUCUGAUGGAUAUUGCGUAGUAUUUUAAGAUGUGUCUUGUGUUGGUGAAAGUGACCACGAAAUACAGUGUCAUCACAGAGUGACAAUGUCUGAUAUCUGAUUGAUACUAUGUAGUGUUAGAAGAUGUGUUGGUGAAAAUGACCACGUAAUACAAUACCAUCAUAGGCGUAGCAGUAUCUAAUAUCUGAAAAUACUGUGUAGUGCUGUAAGAUUUGUCGUACAACAGUAAAACGAACCACGUGGCACGAUACAGUUUACAAUCAUGGAGGAUAAAAUUUGUUAUUCAGACGAUAUCGUGCUGAGAACACCGUCAUUUAGCAAGUGCUGUAUGCGAUGACUUAUAAUUACCGCUACAAAAAAACAUGUUGUUUUUAAUGCUGCAGUGGAAAGAAUAAUAAAAUAUACAACACAAUGAUCAAGUAGCGUAAAGUGCUGUGUUGGCUCUAAGCUAAAUCACUGUUCUGUGUUAAUAAGUGGCUUUUUCUAAUAUUUCGAAAGUUCAAUAGGUAAUAACUAUUAGUAUCAGAAGAGUUUACUGCCACUGUUUAAAAAAAGCGAGAGAACGUCAAGAAAGAAUUGCUCAUUUUAACAGAAUAUUAACACCAGGACUAUUGUGACGACUACAUAUUUAACAGGUCGUCAAGACUAGGGAUCUGGAAUGGUCCUACUCUAUUCAUUUUGUCUUUAAACAUAUGUUGUGAUGAGCUGAAUUUAAACAUAAAUAUUGUAGAUGAAAAUAUCUUUGUAGAGUCUUUAAGACGAUUAUAUGUAUAGUCUUUUAGUGCUAGUUCAACUACAGAAUUAAUCUAUUCGAUAGCUUUUAAAUAGCAGUCUAGAGAUGUCAGAAGUGACGCAGACAAUUCACUUAAUGUUUUCUCUGAUUUCAAAACUAAAUUCUGAGCUUUUUAUGGGUAUUAGGACUAACGAUAUGAGUAAAAUAAUGAACACAAAAAGGUAGUCUCACUUCUAAAAAAGUUUCAAAAGAUAAUUUCAUUAGUUUGUGAGAUGGUAAUGGGGACAACACGUGACUUUAGUAUGCAGCAGAAUAAACAACGUGGAUAUAAGGCGAUUGUGGAUUAAAACCUAGAUGUGGGUUUUUUUUUAUAAAGAAGUUUUCCAUAUUAUGAAAACUGAGAAACCAGAACACUAGACAUUUAAGCAUCUGAAGUGAAAACAAUACGUUAUCAUAUAGGUUUAAUUUCUUAAUGUUUUGGCUCUCAGAUUCCAGGCCUGGAGCUUAAGAAAUAAUUAAUACUUAGGUAUUUUCUGCGUAUAGUAUUUGUAACUAUGUGAGUUUUGAUGUUUAUUGCAAAAGAGCAAAACGUAUGGACAGUAUAUCUUUCUACUAGGAAGUUACUGUAGGUCAAAUUUAUUGCCUGAGUUAGUAAUUUAUUCAAGUAAUUAAAAAUAGUCAAACAAUUAUACUUAAUAAAAUCUAAACUGACAAUGAAAAAAAAUGAAGUUUAAAGUUACGGAUGAAUUAUUUUAAUAUUUAGUAAAUAUUCUUUGUUGUGAAAUUAUGUAAGUUUCUUUUCUGUUCUACAUUUUAAAAGGUUAGCAGUAGCAUAUGAAACACCUGAAGGCCUACUGCAAUCUGGUUAUUCUUCACAAGAAAAUUGUUCGGUUUUCCAAGAGAAAACAAUCUAUUGACAUUGACUCUUAAACAUUCGGAAAUUUUACAGGAAUUUCAGUUACCCAUAAUUAACCAACUUCAUCUGCCUUUAUCUUUUUUAUUAUUAAAACUUUGAAGUCUAUCGAUAUAUUAUACUAAGACUAAACAACAUAGGAAUAUGUUGAUCUAUUUAAUGAGUUGACUCACUCAAUACGGCAGAAAUGUAGAUAUAUAAGCUUAAUACUGCACUCAAACGCCAAAUUGAUGAAAACCUGUCUUGUUUUAAUUUGUUUAAGCAUUGUAACUUUUUAUAGAUUAGUUUCUUAAAAGUCGCGAAAAACUACUAAGUAGUAACUGCAAAAAAAUACAUAUUGUAUUACAAGGAGGAAGAGGAGUAUUUACAUAAUAUCUUUGAUACGUGAAAUGUAAAGCAUACACCAGUGAGCUUGAAGUUAAAGGGAUUAGUCAAGUAAUUUGUCAUAAAACUACCAUGCAUUCGUCUUUUUCUGUGCAUAUUGUAGCGAGAUCUCACCUCAUUUGAAUAUAUAAUAAAUAUUUGCCGAAUUACAUAAAACAAUGUAACUGAGAUAUGAUUUUUUUGAAGAAACUAAAGGUACCAAUCUAAUACCGAAUGACAAACCGAAUAUUAAAAUGUUCAAUUGUGUUUGUUUUCUUAAUUGGCUGAAGUAUAUAUUUCCUAAGUAAAUAAAAGCUUAUAAAGGUUUUUUAAGCAGAUUUUUAUUCUAUAAUGAAUACAACUAUUUUAUGUCUUUGUAAAGAAUACUUAAUAUUUACCAUCUCUUACUUUUCAUAAGGUGAAGUCAAAGAGACAGUUGCAAUCUUCAUUGCUAAUUGUUUGACAAAAUGACAGAAGACUAUUUUAAAUAAAACGAGACAUUUCAGAUAUUUCUUUGAACCCAGCGAAGUCAAAGAAAGCGUGGUGAGUGAGGGGAGGGGGGGUGAGUGACACUUAUAGUGGUGGGAAAAAAUAUAGCAUCGUUCAGUUCUUUCACAUAUUUCAUGUUUUAAUUUGGUUGUAACCCCCCUCACCUUGAUAACUGCUUGACAUCACUGUGACAUAGAGUGCACAAGGGAUAGAAUGUAAGCAGGGGUAAGUUCAUGAUUCCACACUCGAAUUAGAGCUUCCUGCAAUUCCAAGGUGCUUCUCGGUUUCUUCUUUUGCACUUUGUUGUCCAUUACCUUCCAGCAGUUUCCGAUAGGGUUGAGAUCUGGGCUGUUGCCUGACCAGGGUAGUGUCUUGAUCUUCUCCCUUCAAAGACAGUCCUUCUUCUGCAGCAAUGAAAUAAAAUCUAAGGUGUCUAUUUCCAUACACGUAAAAUGAAACUUCCUUUUUAUUUCAUGACUACUGCAUAGUGUACGAACAUUACUAACCAUUUUAGCCCUGUGGCAUGCAGCAGAGUCAUUCUGGAAUGUACACUGGUCAACUCCACUGAAAUGAUCCAGAAUUGCUUGUUUUAACCGGAACUCGAGGAUUUUGAUGUACUCGUCGUCAUUGACAGUGUCUUUCACAAAAUCCAGGCGCCACCCAUGUGGUCUGAGAUGCAUCCCCAUAUCACCUGACCCUACGGAUGCUUCAAAUACACUGGAUUCGACGUCGUACAAAGUGCUUCCCAUCAGACCCGUACAAGUUGAACUUUGAUUCGCCUGAAAAUAUCACUUUGCUCCACAUUGCUUCAGUCAAGUCAGCAUAUUCUUUGGCCUAGUUGAGCCUCAUUUUCCUCAUCUUGUUUAUGGAGAGUGGUUUAUUUCUUGGCCGUCCUGCUGGGAAACCGGCUGAACAAGGGGCGAGACUAGACAGUGCGCGCAAUGACAGUAACUCCUGAUGUUUCUUGUCAUGCUCUUUUGGGAUCUUUGAACGAUAGUCGACAAUUCUGCAAGCACUUGCAUUUUAGAACACAAUCGUUAGCUACUGCGGAAGCUUUCUUCCUACCCUUCCUUUCCGCCGCUUCACCCAAUCAGUCUUUCUAUAUCUCUGCACCCAUCAGCUCACGGUAGACUGGUUAAAUUUAGUUUUUCUAGCAAUCUACUUUGUCGAAAGUCCCUCUCUGCUCAAACAAACAAUGAUAUUUUUCUUCCCGUUGAGUUAACUCGCAACACUUGGCCAUGGCAGCAUCACAUGCACGUUGUAGCAGAUAAGCUUCUAAACUGACUCUCAAUAAAAAUCUGUAUAUGUUUAGCCAAAAAAUGGUUAAUGCAAUACUCAGGCAGCCUAUAAUGGCUACUGAUGUAAUAAUUAGACAGUAUUGCAUCAUCUAUGAAACACUUUUGAACCUACAAGCAUCAGGACUUCAAACCAAACGAUGAGUCUGAAUACAAUUGGAAAAAAAUGGUUGAUACAAUAAAUAUAUAUAUUUAUUUAUGACAAUUUAAUUUAAAUAAUUUCACUUCGUAGUGACUCAACACGGGCAGUAAAUAUUAAACUUGAUUAUACGAUUACUUAGUCCAGGGAAAAAAUCAAAAUGUGAAACAUUUCACUUUGUGUAAUUUGUUUAGAAUUACUUUUUAUUUUGGCUGGUAAUACUGUGAACUAAUCAAGGUUAAAUGUCGCUCCUGAAGAAGUUGACAAAAUAAAACAUGUUUUUGUAGAGUUAGUAGUCACUUAAUCAAAUUACGCAUGUUCAAAGUACUAUACUCUGUUAAUAGAUUACUUGACUGUAAACUUUACAUUUUUUAAAGCUGUUAAGAGGGCUAAAUAUUCUAAUGCUUACACUUAUUAGUAAUUCGUAUGUAUAAAUAGGUCAUAUUUAACAUGUAUAUAAAAACGGAAAGUUGAGCAAAAGGUUAUCAUUUGCGCUUUAGCUCUUUACAAUCUUUUGUAAAGUAACGGUUAAAUAAAAUCGGUGUUCGUUUUUCAGCAAUUUUUGUAUCUUUUAUAAAUUAUUAUUGAUUUUCUUAAAUAUUAUAUUAGAUUUAACAGUAGGGAAAUGCUAAGAAUAGUUUGGAUAUUUAUUCAAUUGUCCCCUAGUAGAUCAGCAGUGAGUUUACGUACUUACAACGCUAGAAUUUGGGGCUCGAUUCCCCGUGGUGAACAUAACCUAUUAUGUGGCUUUGCGAUAAAAACAAAACAAAAAGAUAAAUCAAUAAAAAUGUGUACAGUGUUUACGUUCUUGAUUUUACUAUAUUUUGAAAGUUUUGACGAUAAGUUUUAUGAUGCUGUAUUAUAUAGUUUUGUUUAUAAUAUUUACGGAUGUUGCAGUUCAUUUCUGAAUUAAACAAAUAAAAUCUUCAAACCUC